AUGGGAGUUCUGGUGGGGACAUCAUUGAUUGUCAUCAUUCCAGAAGGUGUCGAAACCCUCUACAGCUCGCAGACAGCGCAUGCGCAUACAAGGCAAUUGGUGAUACGAUCAAUGGCUGUCGAAUGGUCGCAUGGACAUGCAGCUCCAGCUUUCACCAACCUCGAUAUGCGCACCGAAUCCCUCGACAAUCUGGGUGCGCUAGGUCCUGUCAUACCAAGCACGAACGAUUUCCCUCCUCCCAAAACGCCCACUGAAGACGGAGUUGUUGGAAUACUAGAGGACAAUGGGAAGACGAGCAGCCAAGAUCAGACUAAAGAUGACCACGAAGAAGCACAUCAUGCAUGGAUCGGAGUCGCUCUCAUUGCAGGGUUCAUACUCAUGUUCUUGAUAGACAAGCUGCCACAGUAUACUACAUCUAGCAAGCCACAAUCCCAUACCAGGCAUAUCUCCUUGACCAGCCUCGGUCGAAGAUUCAAUCUUACCACAUUGGACAGACAGGAAGAAGAAGAUACUUUCCUCGACACAGCACAGCCUAGCGCAGAGCCUACCGACCGUAGUUCUGCUACAACCAUUGGACUGGUCAUACAUGCUGCUGCAGACGGCAUAGCGUUAGGUGCUUCCUCCUCAACCUCAAAUACCGGUCUGAGCUUUGUCAUUUUCUUCGCAAUAAUGGUCCACAAAGCGCCCGCCGCAUUCGGGUUGACAUCCGUCCUGCUCAAGCAAGGUCUUUCCAAGCGGAUGGCGCGAGCACAUCUGAUCAUCUUCAGCCUGGCUGCACCAGCUGGAGCCUUUCUUACCUAUUUGUUGGUCAAUACACUGGGAGGAGGAUCGGCAACAAACACACCACAAAACUCACAAUGGUGGACCGGAACUUUCUUGUACGUGGCAAUGCACUCGAUGCAGGAAGUCACUACUCCGACACGAAAGGAGUCUUUCGGGAACGGCGCUACUAAUGGUAGCAUACACGAAGGAAGAGAAGCCGCUAUACAGGAAGACAAGCCGUCCAUAACAGACAUCGGUGCGGCUGUCUUUGGGAUGAUUCUACCAUUGUUUCUGCAGGUUGGUCAUGCACAUUAA